AUGCAUCAGGAUUCCCGUGUCUGGAUUGCUGUCCUAAGGCAUGGAUAAUGAACUCAAACCAGCAUAUCACAAAAACACUGAUGAGGACAGAGCCUGGUGUGGAAGCCAUGGUCAUAACCCCAGCACCAACAGGAAAACAUGCAUCAGGAUUCCCGUGUCUGGAUUGCUGUCCUAAGGCAUGGAUAAUGAACUCAAACCAGCAUAUCACAAAAACACUGAUGAGGACAGAGCCUGGUGUGGAAGCCAUGGUCAUAACCCCAGCACCAACAGGAAAACAUGCAUCAGGAUUCCCGUGUCUGGAUUGCUGUCCUAAGGCAUGGAUAAUGAACUCAAACCAGCAUAUCACAAAAACACUGAUGAGGACAGAGCCUGGUGUGGAAGCCAUGGUCAUAACCCCAGCACCAACAGGAAAACAUGCAUCAGGAUUCCCGUGUCUGGAUUGCUGUCCUAAGGCAUGGAUAAUGAACUCAAACCAGCAUAUCACAAAAACACUGAUGAGGACAGAGCCUGGUGUGGAAGCCAUGGUCAUAACCCCAGCACCAACAGGAAAACAUGCAUCAGGAUUCCCGUGUCUGGAUUGCUGUCCUAAGGCAUGGAUAAUGAACUCAAACCAGCAUAUCACAAAAACACUGAUGAGGACAGAGCCUGGUGUGGAAGCCAUGGUCAUAACCCCAGCACCAAGUAAGUAAGGCAGAAGGAUGUGAACCCAGGCAGCAGCGGGUCACACCUUUAAUCUAGCAGCUGCAUUAGUUAGCUAUGGAGGCCAGGGAGCCGUGGGACACACCUUUAUUCCCAGCAGCCACACUAGUGUUAGAGGCCAGGCUGUGGUGGGACAUACCUUUAAUCCCAACACCCAUGAGAAGCAGGCAGAAGGAUCUAUUUCAAGGCUACCCUGAACUACAGGAAACGGAUCGUUU